CACGUUAGAUGCGCAGUGAAUAAUACAUCACAAAGGGAAAGGAGGGAAAAUAGCCGUUACACUUCCUGUAAAAAAAAACAAGUUGCUUCGGAUGAAUUUUUGUUGUUUUCUAAAAGAAAAUUUCCUUCGACUGGUUUCGUAAGCGAACAAAAGAAAGCAUUGUUGUCCAACAAUGAUAUCCAGUGACAGUGGACAAGAGUCGCAGGAGAUGCUGUGCACUCCUCGGCGAUCACAGAAACGCCUCUUCGGGCCUUUUGGGAGUAUCAUAAAACGCAGUCUUUUCCAACAAGAGCAUCGCGGAAAGGAAAAUGACAUAAACUCCGGAGACGAGUCAGAUUUAGGACCAAUGUCUCCACUGGCUCUGACAAAUGGAAGUCCCAGCAGUACAAGCAGUUCCCCAGGUCGUCAAUUCAUUUCACCUCUGGCAACGCCCGACGGUUCGCCUCAAAUCCCCGUGAUAAAAGCCACCUGGGAUCGUCUCAUACCCACCUCGUUACUUGCCGACAAACGCAUUUCUCCAUUCAGCACUCUCAAACACUUGACGAGAAAAGCCCGCUCGUCGCCGAGGCGAAAAAUCUUCCCCGAUUCACCCAAGUCGACCGGCAACGAAUUCAUUCCGGAAACUCCUCUCAGAGAUGAAAAGGAGCAGAACGAAAAUCACGUCGAGGAGACGCCGCAGAAGGAGUUCACGGAGCAGAGAAUGAUCACACCUUUAGGUUCGGUCAACAAGGACGUGUCGCUUCCACGUCUGCAUCGUCGCAAGACCAUCGGUUCUUUCGACAUUGACGAGAUUUCCCCGGAGAAGUCGGGAAUUGCGGUCAAGAGGCACAUUAACGAUUCGAACCAGAAGGGGUCGAAACUACAGAAAAUCGACGAGGGUUCCUCGAUUCCAAAAGCCAGGGCUUCUCUCUUCCAGGACAGCCAGAUUAGCAGCAUGACCGUCGACACGAAGUCGUUCUACGGCAGCGGACGAAGGGAUCGUCUCAGCGCUUUCGGAAUCGACUGGAAGCAAUACGACGAGUCGAAGAAGCGCCGCAGCCUCCCGACUUCACGAUCCUACCGAAGAUCCAGAAGAAGCGAAAUCAACUGUGGCGUUUCGCACGGAAUCAAGAAACCAAAGCCCAAAAAGCACGUGUCCCGAAUAGAAAAUUUCAAAAAGAAAGAGGAAAAUCGCCCCGAAGAGGACAAAGUCGAAUCGACGAAAACUCCAACGAACAGUGAACUUAAAAUCAACUUCGAUUUCUGGAACAAAACACAGACCUCAGUUGAGGAAGAUGUCGUGAUUGAUUCUAGUAGACGUUUCUUUAAGACCGUGCGACAAAAGCGAACUCUUCCUUCGAAAGCAAACGAAUCGGAGAAGAACGAAAGAACUCACAAGAAGGCUAAAAUGGACAUUUCACUCGACGCGAACGAUCUGACGGUCGUCGACGAGCUGGACAAUGAAUCACGUAAGAAGGACGUGGAGGACUUGUUGAAGAUUCUCGAGGACGACUGGGCCGAUGACGAGUACGAACCAGCGGAGAAAGUACUUUUCCAAGACGCGAUGAUGUCGCCUGCCAGUGAGCUGAGUAACAUGACUUCGUUCAUGAACAUCGACGACAAGGACGAGGGAAAGUUGACAAAAAUUUUGAGUCUGAAAACCUACUCGAUCCAAGACAGUACUGACGGUGAAACAGUAAAAUAUUAUCCACUCUUCACGAAAGGCUUCUCAACUAAAGAGGAAGCGGCGAAACCCGAAAGUUCCAAGAAGAAAAAAUCGACUCUAUCGCGAUCAGCAGGCGGAUCGGAUCAGUACCAACUGGACUGUGGUCAGAAAAAAUUCGGUGCGACUCAGUGCAAUGAAUGUGGAAUUGUCUACCAGAUGGGCGAUCCCGAGGACGAGAUGGCGCAUCUAAAUUAUCAUAAUAGUACGAGAACGCUCAAGUUCCAGGGUUGGAAGAAUGAGAGAGUGAUUUGGGACGAUGAGUCAACGAUGAGUCGGAUUAUUCUCAUUGACCCGGUUGAUAAUAAGCAGCAUUGGAAGAAGGUGACGGAGAUUUUGAAUGUGGUUGAUGCUGAUUUGGGUUUGGUGGAUAUGCAAUUGUCGUACUAUCGUGACAAGAAGGUUUACUUGUACGUGAGAGACAGGAAUGUUUUGGGUGUUCUUGUCGUCGAAUCGGUGAAGGAAGCACAUCGAAUGAUUCCGGAACUGAUGGAAUUGGAUUGUUGCAGUUCAGAGAGUACGCCAGUCAAAUGUGGUGUUAAUGUUGUUUGGACGGCUUUGAGUCAUCGUCGGAAGGGAAUUGCUACACAACUCGUUGAUACUCUCAGGAGAAACUAUUUUUAUGGUUAUAUAAUGUCAAUUGAUGACAUCGCAUUCUCAACGCCGACACCAAGUGGAAAACUUUUUGCCUUAAAAUACACAAAAACUCAAAAUUUCUUAGUCUACAGCUAAGUAGAAUCUCUAAAAAAAUUUUAUAAUAUUAUUUUUAUCGCUUGUGAAAUUUAUUUUUUACUUUUCGAAUUUUUUUCUACGACUUUUCCACAAAUUGAUCAUAAUUUCUUCAUGUACUUUUCUAUUCUAAUUUUUUUAGAGCCAAGAUUCAGAAUAUUCUUCGUCUUUAAUUAUUCUUGAAAAUACUUUUAAUUUUUUUGAAUAUCGGGAAAAUUUUUCUUCUUUCUGUAAUAAAACCAAUUGUAAAAAUUUUAGAAAAUUCUUCAGCAAGGAAAUGCUGAAGGACUCAAAUUCAAUUUCUUUUCUAUUAAAGAAAUUUUGGAUUAGGUGGUAAAAUAAAUUUAAAGAAGGUGGAUUUUUUUCAAGAAUAGUAAAGCGUAUGAACGUUCUUAAAAACUAGAAAGAAAAUUCUUUGACUGUCUUAUUGUCUUCAAUUUUACAAGAAAGGGAAAGAAUUGUUUCUCUUGCAAUUUAGAUAAUUUAAAGAAUUUUAGAGUAAUCAAAAAUAAAUUAACACGUAAAAAUUAAAAAAAAAAGAAAAAAAAAA